AUGGCCGGCUUUGCUUGCUUGCUUGCUGGCUGGCUGGCUGUGGGCCAGACGAGACAGGCAAAGGGCAGUAGCGACUCAUCAACCCGCCAACCCGCCAACCCGCCAGCCCGCCAGCCCUCGGCAGGUCAGGUCUGGAUGAGGGAGGGAGGGAUGGAUGGAGAGGCCAUGGCAUGGCAGGCAGGACUUGUUGGCAAGGCAGAGGACCGAGAUGAGUGGAUGCCCCCAGGCCGUGUGUGCACACCAACUAAUUCGGGCAUCUUGGAACCAUGUACCGGGGGGCUUGAGUGGACGCGUGCAAAGAGCCAGAAUGCAGUAACUGAGGCGCGCGCAACAGAACCCCCAAGGCAAGGCAAGGCAAUAUGCGUUUGGUCAGGGGCGGUUGUGCAGUGCAGAUUGCCUUGCCUUGCCCUGUCCUCGCCUUGCCCGGAGGGCUCAGCAGGCAAGCGGACAUGCUUCAAUAACAAGCUGCUGUCUAGCGUCGGGGAAGGGUGGGCAGCGGCUAUUGGGCCGACAGCGACAAGGCAGGCCGAGCCCUCGACACAGACAGGGCGUGGUGGAUCCACUUGAUG